UGCAGUGUUGAGGGAGAUGGACAAACCGCUGAUCAGUCGCCGCCUGGUGGACAGUGAUGGCAGCCUGGCUGAGGUCCCCGACAAGGCCCCCAAAGUGGGCAUCCUGGGCAGUGGGGAUUUUGCCCGCUCCCUGGCUAUGCGCCUGGUGGGCUCUGGCUUCAGUGUGGUGGUGGGCAGCCGUAACCCCAAACGCACAGCUGGCCUCUUCCCCUCCGCAGCCCAAGUGACUUUCCAGGAGGAAGCUGUGAGCUCUCCACAGGUCAUCUUUGUAGCCAUGUUCCGGGAGCACUACUCCUCACUGUGCAGUCUUAGUGACCAGCUGGCUGGCAAGACCCUAGUGGAUGUAAGCAACCCCACAGAGACCGAGCAUCUUCAGGAACACCAGUCGAAUGCCGAGUACCUGGCCUCACUCUUCCCUGCUUGCACUGUGGUCAAGGCCUUCAAUGUCAUCUCUGCCUGGGCCCUGCAAGCUGGCCCAAAGGACGGGAACAGGCAGGUGCUCAUCUGUAGUGACCAGCUGGAAGCCAAGCACACCAUCUCAGAGAUGGCCCGCGCCAUGGGUUUCACACCCGUGGACAUGGGGUCCCUGGCCUCAGCCCGGGAGAUAGAAGCCAUACCCCUGCGCCUCUUCCCGUCCUGGAAGGUGCCCGCCCUCCUGGCCCUGGGGCUCUUUGUGUUCUUCUAUGUCUAUAACUUCAUCAGGGAUGUUCUGCAUCCGUACGUGCGGAAGCAUGAGAACAAGUUCUACAAGAUGCCCUUGUCUGUGGUCAACACCACACUACCCUGUGUGGCUUACGUGCUGCUGUCCCUGGUGUACCUGCCUGGUGUGCUGGCGGCUGCUCUUCAGCUGAGGCGGGGGACCAAGUACCAGCGCUUCCCGGACUGGCUGGACCACUGGCUGCGGCAUCGCAAGCAGAUCGGGCUGCUCAGUUUCUUCUUCGGAGUGCUGCACGCUCUCUACAGCCUUUGCCUUCCUCUGCGCCGCUCCAACCGCUAUGACCUGGUCAACCUGGCUGUGAAGCAGGUCCUGGCCAACAAGAGCCACCUCUGGGUUGAGGAAGAAGUCUGGCGUAUGGAGAUCUACCUCUCCCUGGGUGUGCUGGCCCUGGGUAUGCUGUCACUGCUGGCUGCCACCUCACUCCCAUCCAUUGCCAAUUCACUCAACUGGAAGGAGUUCAGCUUCGUGCAGUCUACUCUGGGCUUCGUGGCCCUGAUGCUGAGCACGCUGCACACACUCACCUACGGCUGGACCCGCGCCUUUGAGGAAAACCACUACAAGUUCUACCUGCCGCCUACGUUCACGCUCACACUGUUCCUGCCCUGUGUGAUCAUCCUGGCCAAGGGCCUCUUCCUCCUUCCCUGCCUCAGCCUCAGACUCUCCAAGAUCCGCAGGGGCUGGGAGAAGGAUGGUGCUGUCAAGUUCAUGCUGCCUGCUGAGCACACGCAGGGGGAGAAAACGAGCCACGUGUGAGGGAGGCCCCGGAAAUGGAGACGGGCACAGCUUGUAGGG